AUGUCCACAGCACACAGACCGACAUGGGAUCCCGCCCAAGCCAAAGACCAAAAGGCGGGCUCGAGACAGUUCUCUGUCCGAGAUAUGGCUGCCCAUACCAAGUUGAAAUUCCGACAAGUAGGCCAAACCUCUGUUGACGAACUCAAGAAACGGGAUCUUCGAGCGGAACUGUUAGCUGCUGAACGUGAAGCUAUGAACAAGAAACGAAAAGCAGAGGGAAAGCCGCCUCUGCCUGAAAUUGAUACACCGUCCUCGUCCACGUCGGGUUCUGCUGCUGCCAUUGCGGAUGAUGAGUCGAAUAAGAGGAGGAAGUUGUUGCAGGAGGCUUUGGAGUUGGAUAAGGAUGAUGACGACAGUGACGAAGAGGAGAAGAAGGCGAAGGAAGGAAAGGAUGGGUCGGAGGACGAGAGUGAAGAAGAGGAUGACGAUGAUGACGACGAUGAUGAAGAUGAGACAGACGAACUCUUGAGAGAACUAGAGAAGAUCAAGCGAGAACGGGCGGAGGAGAAGGCAAGGCAGGAAAGAGAGCAGUCUGAAUCAAGUGCAGCACAAAAGGAAGCAGACAUUGCAACGCGAAAUCCAUUAUUGAACUUGGCUGCAGCAUUGGGCCAGACACCUACGGGAAUCAACACUACAGUUCCAGGCACAUUCCAGGUCAAGAGGCGGUGGGAUGACGACUUGAUUUUCAAGAACCAGGCUAUGAACAACAAGGAGCCGAGUGGCGAGUUCGUGAACGAUUUGUUAAGGACAGAGUUCCACAAGUAUGUUCCCUCGCUCAACUUUUGA